UAGUGGCGUUGCCAUAUCUCGGCCAUGCGCUUGCCCAUUCGAAUUAAACAAACAAAUUCUGGGCAUUUUUAGCUGGACAUGGAAGAUCCCUCCACCACGCUCUUGCCCGGAGAAUCCGAUGACCUGCGGGAGGCACGCGACGCGGAGCUGAAAAAGGUGCUCAAGCUGAAAUUAGUGCUGGACGAGCUGCGUCGCCUGGAUCUGAGGCCAAAUCCAAGUGCGGAAAUCAAAAGAGCCCUCAAAUUGGUAUCCAUUGGGAACUAUGCGCGACUGGGUGAGAUUGAAAGCGUUGGCCAGGAGCAAGUGCUGGGCCUGCAGAAUGGCAGUAGUUUUCCGCCCUUGAGCUAUACGGACAGCAAGACGGUGCGCACCAAACUAUCCGCUCAACUACGAUCUACUUUGCAACCCAUAGCUGAGUUGGGUGACAAGAUGCGCGAGGAGUUCCCAGAUGCCUUUGGAGGCCUGGAUGCGGACUUGAGUGACGACCAAAAGGAGAUACUGCGACUGGAGGAAGAGCAUCGCAGUGGGCUGCAGCAACUGGUGGCGCUUUUGGGUCGCAAAUGCUCCCUGCUCAAGGACGCCGCCGAGCUGAAACUGGGACCACAGUUGGCCAACGAACUAAAAUUGCAACAGGCGCAGGCGCAACUGGUUCAAGUUAAGGCGGAGCUACUGCGUGGUUUCUUUGUCCACGAGGCCGCAUCCCGGACCGAAAACAGUGUCAAAGCCCACAAGGAAGUGGAGGCGCACCUGGACGAGCUGCUCGCCGCCAAGAAGUAGAUUAGGCAAAUUAUAACUAUGUGCAUUAGGUUUAAAUACAUUAGAAUUCUUAGACAAA